CGGAGUCCCGUGAGGCCGUGGCGGCUAGGGUUUCUGCAUCGCUCGUCGCCUCGUUCUACGCCGCCGUCAUUCAAAACCCUACCUUUAUCGUCUCGAUCGAGGCGUCUCGCCGCCGAUUCUAGGGUUCUCAUGGAGAUCGUCGAGUUGGUGUUGUUCUAGUUCGAGGUUUCUCUCGAGCCCCUCCGACCCCGGCUCUUGGGGAUUCUUUUGCGGAGAUGGCCACCGUCAAUCCCUUCGAUCUCCUCGUAGAUGACGACAGCGAGGACCCGUCGCAGCUCAUCGCUGCCCACCAGCAGAAGAUCGCCUCCAAGAAGCCCGCUGCGACCGCUGCACCUCAGGCGCCGGCGAAACUUCCGACCAAGCCGCUUCCUCCUGCUCAAGCCGUGCGAGAGUCAAGGGAGGUGAGGAACACUACCGGGGUACGUGGCGGGGCUGGCCGAGGUGGGCCUGGUCGUGGUAGGGGUGGACGAGGAGGUUCGAUGAGUCAAAAUCGUGAUUUUGGAAAUGGGAACAUCGGUGGAGCUUCACGAGUGUAUGAGGGUGCUGAUGGUACCGGAGGAGGCGAAGAUGGUAGGCUUCAGGAGAGGGAACGCCCUCCACGUCAGCCAUUCAGUGGUGGCCGUCGUGGUGGAUUUGGUGGCCGUGGUGGAUAUGGGAAUGAGGAGGCUGGAGGUGACUCUGAACGUCCUCCACGGAGGUUCUACGAACGGCGGAGUGGCACAGGCCGUGGAUACGAGAUGAAACGCAAUGGAGCAGGCCGUGGGAACUGGGGAUCGGCCACUGAUGAGUCUAUUCUGCAAGAAAACGAAGAAAUUAUUAAUGUGGGCGACAAGACUGUUGCAACUGAGAAGCAGGUGGAACCGGAAGAAGUGCCAUCAUCUGAUGUGAACAAGGAAAACAAAGAGGGUGCUGCAAAUGAUGCAGAAGAGAAGGAAGAGGAUAAGGAGAUGACAUUGGAGGAGUAUGAGAAAGUGAGGGAGGAGAAAAGAAAAGCCUUAGCAGCAAUGAAGAGUGAGGAGAGAAAGGUUGAAAUGGACAAGGAGUUGCAGUCCAUGAAGCAACUCUCAUUGAAGAAAGAAAAUGAUGACAUCUUCGUUAAGCUUGGUUCUGACAAGGACACAGGAAAGAAGAAAGAAAAUACUGAUCGGGAUGAAAGAAACAAAAAACCCAUGAGCAUCAAUGAGUUUUUAAAGCCAGCUGAAGGAGAAAGAUACUAUAACUCGGGCGGUCGUGGCCGCGGAAGAGGUCGAGGUGGUCGUGGACAAUUCAGAGGUGGUUUCAUGGGUGGGGUUUCAACUUUCACAACUGAUGCUCCAUCGAUCGAGGAUCCUGGACAGUUCCCCACGCUCGGGGGGAAGUGAGAGGGAUCUCAAUGAAACCGGGCCCAUUUUCAUACCACCAUCCUUUCAGAUCCAUGGCUUGUGCGUGAUUUCGGAGCAAUAACGAUGCGUCCUGUUCUUCGUUUUACUUUCUUUGUGUUGCUGCCAUGUAUAUCUGAGCAUGUGUUAGCAAGUUAUUAUUGCUGGUGAUGUUGUAGGACUCUAUUUUGUUAUGCUUUGCUCGUUUCUUCGAUUUUGUCAUUCUUGAACUCACAUUUCAAUGACUAAGUUGUUAUCGAUGUGAUCCUUC